AAGAUAUUAUAUAUAGAGAAAAAAAUUGAUUAUUUUUAAAGAAAAAAUUUAUAAUAGAAUAUUUUUUUUUAUAAUUUUAUUUCCUCAUAUAUAAAUAUUUAAUAUAAAUAAGAAUUAAUUUAAUAUUAUAUUAGUGCUCCAAUAUUAUAAUAUAUUUUUAAAAUUAAUAUAACAAUUAUAAAAUUUUCCUAAAUUAUAUAUUCGAUUAAUAAUGUUAUCAAUUGCUAGACAAUUUUUUAAUAAAAAUCCUUUAAUUGCAAAUAGUAUUGUAUAUGGAUCAUUAUAUGUUGGUGCAGAAUUCUCACAACAAUAUAUUAAUAAGAAAAUCCUUGCACCAACUAAAGAAAAAAUCGAUAUGCCUACAUUAGGUCGGUAUGCAGUUAUGGGAACAUUUUGUUAUUCUCCAACACUAUACACAUGGUACAAAUGGUUAGAUGGAACUUUUCCAGGUAGCACACAUAAAAUAGUUGUUAAAAAAUUAUUAUUAGAUCAAUUUGUUUUAACGCCAUUUCUAUUGACAAUGUUCUAUAUAGGAAUGUCAUUAAUGGAACAAAAAGAUGAUUUAUUAUUAGAAUUAAAACAAAAAUUUAUACCAACAUUCCAGACAUCAUGUCUAUUUUGGCUUCCAGCUCAAACAGUCAACUUUUUAUUUAUAUCACCAAAACUACGUGUUAUUUAUGUUGGAUCUUGUGCAUUCGCUUGGGUUAAUAUUUUGUGUUGGUUUAAAAGACAAGCUGUUCAAGAAAAACCACAAGAAAAUUAGCCCAAAAAUUUUUAAAUAUAGAAAAUCUUCCAAAUGUAGUUAGAAAUUAUUGUAUUUAAAAAAAAAAUAUUUUUAUAAUAUUGUAAAUGUCA